UAAACGAAGAAAAUGUCACAAUUUGUGAUAAAGGAUUAACGGCAAAGGAUGUCAAUCUUUUCCGUUAUGCUGUUUCCAAUAAUUACUGGUAUCAGUUAUUUUUAGAUGAAUUACCAGUUUGGGGAUUUGUCGGAGAGUUUGAUGCAAACACCGGUGAUGCUUACUUAUAUACUCAUAGGGAUUUUGUAAUAAGCUAUAAUCAUGAUAAGAUAAUCCAAGUCAAACUCGAAAGUGGAAAUCCGGUCAAAUUGUAUUGGGAAACUCGAGAUAUACCAGUACGAUUUUCAUAUUCGGUAAGAUGGGAACCUACUGAGGAUUCAUUUGACUCGAGAUUUGAUAAAUUACUGGAUACAGAAUUUUUUGAACAUAAGGAUUACGCUAGGUAUGACAAGGAGGAGGCUCUUGGUGAUUUGGAUCAUGACCUUGGUGAUGAAUAUGGUUGGAAACAAGUUCAUGGUGACGUUUUUCGUGCACCUCGUUCAUUACUAUUGUUUUCAUCUCUAGUCGGUACUGGACACCAGUUGAUGUGGCUAACUUUGGUUAUGAUUCUGCGUGCCACUAUACUGACGGCUUCAAUAUUCUUUUAUAUCUUGACGUCUGCCAUUGCAGGAUAUUCCAGUGCGAACACAUAUCAGAUUUAUGGAGGUCGUAAUUGGAUAAAAAAUAUUCUUGUGACUGCUACUUUGUGGCCAGGGAUAAUCAGUGUUAUGACGGCUAUGAUCAAUUUUGUUGCCGUAUAUUACUCUAGUUCGCGGGCAAUUCCGUUUACAGCCAUGUUAGUGAUUUCUGCAAUUUGGAUGUUCCUUGCAUUUCCAUUGACAUUUCUGGGGGCUAUCCUUUGUCGCAAUUGGGCAAGUCAGCCAAAUUUUCCUUGUCGCGUUAAUCCUAUUCCGCGACCUAUUCCUGAGAAAAUUUGGUACGCUGAACCCCUUGUGAUAGUCGCUCUUGGCGGUGUUCUCCCGCAUUGGAUGAGUUUCUUAACUUGUGGUUCAACCGCUGUUUAUGUCUAUCUUUACGCUGUAUAUUAUUUCAUUAAUCGAACGAAAAUGUAUGGUCUUUUCCAAACUUCUUUUUACUUUGGGAAUACUGCGAUAAUUUGUGCGGGUUUGUUUAUAAUGUUAGGCUCUGUUGGAUAUUUUGCCGCGGACAAAUUUUAUUUAGAAAUUGCAGCAUUCCUUUGGCCGACAUUUGUCAUGUAUGUAGAUUUGAUUGACUCGGUUGAUUUAAAGGUUCUAAGGGGUCAUUUAGGAUCUAUUAGCAUUCUUAAUAUAGACGAAGUGCUAGACGAAAUUCUCGAACUCUUUGGAGACGAAGAGAACGAAAGGUUGAACAGCCUACAACCUGAGCCGUCUAGUAGUAAUGAAUACGCGCAAGAAAAACGAUCAUCUAGGACCUCCAACCAGAAACGAAAGUCUACUACAUCACCUCGUCGCGGAGGAUACUCGGAAGAAGAUGGUGAGGGUAACGAAAGACGAAGAGAUACAGACGAGUUUGAUUCUGAAUUGUACCAUGAUGAGGAUGAUCGAGAUAGAUUAGAGAACCUUGUUGAGCUCGAUCGUGAAAGAAUAUUGGCUGAAAGAGCUGAAAAAAUACAACAUCAUAAAGAUUUAGAAGCAGUACAGUUAAUGAUAAAUAGUGAAGAUGGUGGUACAACAAGAAGAUCUUCCAGAACAAAGGAUUCAAGAAAGAGAGGAGAUUUCGAAGAACUUAGACGUCGACGAGCACAAAAAAAUCAAAGUCAGCGAACAAGAGCUGGAUCACAGAGUCCAGAACCUGGUGAACAUAUUACAACCGGUGACGAAGAUGACAUGUUCUAUGAAGAGGAUGAAAGUGGGGAACGAAAUAAGGAUGAUGAUUCUGAAGAUAUCACACUUGAUGAUAUCAGAGAUAUACAAUUGACCAGACAUCAGUUUAGUGAUUGGGUCUAUAAGCCUUUCUUUGAGAAAAUUGUAGUUGGUUGUUUUGUUCGUUUGCAUAUUGGAUUACAAAAUGGUGUUGAAGUACCAGAAAGGGUACAACCAUAUUUGAUAGAUGCGAACGAUAAAGUAAAGACGAAUAAAGUAUUACGUCUUAAACAUGCCGAUGCUGUAAAAAGUUGGCAAAUGAAUAUUAUUUCAAACGGAAAGUUUGAACAGUCUGAGUUUGAUCGUUGGACAGUAACUAUGAAAAUUAAAAAGUUUGACUUGCCAACGAAAGAAGCAAUAAUGAAAAAGAAAGAACAAAUUAAAUCUGCUGAUGAAUAUAUUCUUUCCGAGCAAGAUGUUGAUAUAAUGAUAAAACAGAAGCAAACCCUUCGUGGAGGAGUUGAACCUAUAAAUUUACUAACCGAAAAAACUACCUUGGUAACUCAAAAGAACUUAGCAAUUGCUCAAGGGAAUGCCAAAGAAGCACAAAACUAUGCUUCACGUCUUGCAGAGAUAGAUAGGAUACUUUCAGAAACAUCUCGUUCUCAAAAACAAGAUACAUGGGCCCGUGUUAAUGAACGAAAUCGAUUAAAAAAUUUGGAAGAUUCACGCAGAGCAGAAGAGGAAGCCAGAAAAAGUAGAAAAGAAUUUAUUCCUAGAAAAUCCAUAAAAACUUCUGUAACAGAUUCACCAACUUCAAAAUCGAAUGGAGUUAGAGCUGAACAAUUUGAGAAAGCAAAAAAAUCGUCAUUGACACCUUAUGAGGCUUUAAUUAAUGAAGUCCAAUGUAACCUUUAUCUUCCUUCGCUUAAUAGAACGCAAGAUCAACCCGAAAUAGAUUAUGAACAGAGAUAUUUAAGUUUCACCGUUGAACAAUCAUUGGAAUUGAUUCGUAAAAUUGUUAAACAAUCAUCUCAAGCACAACAACAAUCUGACGUCCCACAGCAGCAACAGCCACAAUUGCCACCACGCGAAGAAUCAAAGAGUAUACAACAUUAUGCAACUCAACAGCCGCAUUCGUCAUGGAAUUCAGAUGGUGCAAUUCCGUCAUUAAAAGAUUUGCACUAUGAAAUUUGA